UGCUGAAGUUCGAGGGCGAGAUAGAUAUAAACAUAGGAUGACAGAAACUACACCAGGGUCAUCGUUCCAUCACACGCGGGAAAAAUCGAAUUUUCUGCACGUGCCUGAGAUUGUUCCACCUCUGUUCAAUACUGCUUGGGUGCGUUUUCCUGGAAUCGCUCGGGAAAGUCACUACUGCUGUAGAGUUACUAAUAAACAGUAAAAGUCUGCCAACCACGGUAGAUAACAAAUGUUGGAAAAUCCAUAUCAGAACCAAUACAGUCUGGUGGAUUACACAAUAUUGCAUAUGGAUGUUUAAAGGGAUUAAGUAAAACGAAGAAACCUAAUUUGAAAAGAACUGAUGAUGACACUAUCACAGUUGAUAAUAUUAAAAUGCCUCCAUGCUGUACUGCAUCUGUUAUUGAACUAAUGAAAAUGGACACGGACGAAGGUUCAACUAUUAGCAACACAUUAAAAAGAAUACAGCAACUGAACACAACUGCUACAACUAAGCAGACAUUGAAUACUUAUUCUUCAUCUACAAAUUCAUCAAACUACAAUUUUACUCAAGUAUUGCACUUCAAUGAACUGAAGAGGACUCAAAAUAUUUUAGAGAAGUCUGAACAGUCUGCUUUUACUCAUGUUGUUUCUUCUAAUAAGUAUAAUGCUAAACAAAAUUCAACCACUGGUACUGGAGGGAAACCACUCUCAUUUUCCUCCAGUCAUACAUUAACUAGACCUAUUACAACCACCGAAAUAACUGAACCAAUCAGCUUAAAACAGCUAACACAAAUUUCUGCCGCAAGACAUGUACAUAAAUCAAGUAAUAUAUCUCAAUUGAGUGGUAACCCAAGUAAUCAUUCUUUCUCAUCCAUUUCAAGGACUGGAAAUAACACUAUACAAACAACCAAUGCACCAAAAUUAAAACCUUUUGGAAUUGAAAAAAAACAUAAAAAAGGACUUUCUUGUGUGUCAACAGAACUUAAUGUAUCGUUAAAUACUUGCAAUACUUUUUCUGACAAAGAAUUUCGUGCAGAUGUAUCACCACUUAAAUACCUACCCACCAUCCAGGAAGAGAAUUGCAAUCCUUCACUGCUGUCUAUGGAUGAUAAAAAUAAGAAUUUAGAAUCAACGCUGAAUGUUACGUCAUUCGCUGAUAGUCAAACAUCUGAUGCUAGUAAUAGCAUGCAUUCCUCACAAACUCUUUUUCUGGCUCUGCCUGAAUUUAAUGUCAACCAAUUUAGUAAUCAAACACUCAACUUGGAUUAUACUUCGCAGCAAGUAUUGAAAGCACUUCUUCAACCCAAUUUAAAUGUAACAAAUGAAAAUAUGCAAGCUGAUAAAGACACAACAGAAAGUCUAUCAAGCAAAGCACAAACUUUUAUAAGUAUGUUGGACGACAGUGACGAAGUAAAUGAAACUACUGAGAAUAUGAAAGAAUCAUUAAAGCAAACCAAUUGUCUGCCCUCUAUAGAAAAUUUUGAAAAUGCAACAAAACUGAACAUAAAUGAACCACAAACUACAACUGCUUUUCUCAAUACAAAUACAGAACUUUCAUCAUCUCUGCAAGACACAGUAAAUGGCAAACAAGAUAGUAAUAAUCCCUUGCCAGUGGCUGCUAUUAAUGUGAAUAUGAUAGAUGGCCAGCCAGUAUAUACAAUACAACUAAUGGGUCAAAGUAUUCCAUUAGCUGCCAUCACCAUACCUACAUCAGAUGGACCACUUCAACUCCAAUCGGCUACAACAUCUCUAACUUCUCAUCAACAAACUAAAAAUCAAGAUAACACUUUUCCUUUUGUGGAAGAUGACAAAAUUUCAAUUUCUAAUUCAACCUUGUCUAGUUCACAGGGAGCUUCCAAGCAAAGAUAUACUUGUGAAAUAUGCAACAAAUCAUAUAUUCGGAGCUGGUCAUAUUACGGUCAUUUGCGUGAACAUGCUGGGGGUCCUAAAGAACACAAGUGCUACAUGUGUCAUAAAGUAUUUACAACUAUUGCUGGACUGAAACAACAUCUGCAAGUUCAUUCAGGUCAAAAGGAUUUCUUUUGUUCUGUUUGCAAUAAAUCAUUUAGUAGUGCCAGUUCGCUACGAAAUCACCAAAUGACGCAUGUCACUGAAAAGUUAUAUCCAUGCAAAAUUGAGGGUUGCGAUAAAUCAUUUGGUAAUGCAACAGCGUUAAGGAUACACCAACGUGUCCACCAGGAUGAUAAACCAUUUAAAUGUGCUCAUGCCGGUUGUGAAAAGGCUUUCAAAACAACAUCUGAGCUGUCUCGCCAUGAAUUUCGUCAUACUGGAGAAAAACCUUUCAAAUGUGACAAAUGCGAAAAAUCGUUUGUUCGAAACGAUGAUUUAAAGAGACACUAUUUUAUCCAUACAGGUCAAAAGCGAUUCAAAUGCGACCAGUGUGAAUUUUCUUGCAUACAAUCAUUCGAUCUUGUUAAACACAAAUACAUACAUGGAGGCGAAAAGCCAUACAAAUGUGAUAUUUGCAACAAACAAUUCACUCGACCAGCUAGAUUACGGGAACAUCAACGUUUACACACUGGUGAGAGACCCUACGUCUGUGAAGAAUGUGGGAAGUCGUUUAAACAGUUAACUUCGUUGAAGACUCAUAAGCUAACACAUGGAGCUGCGAAACCCUUUAAUUGUGAAACGUGUACCAAAACAUUUUCUUCUGCAGCAGAACUACGUUCACAUGUUAAUACACAUUUGGGUGUCAAGCCAUUUCACUGCUCGUUAUGUAAUAAAGAUUUUGUUUCUUCAAAAACUUUAAAAAGACAUGCAAUUGUCCAUACAGGUGAGAAACCGCAUGAAUGCAGCAUAUGUAAAAGAAAAUUUGCCAGAGCAAGCGAUUUAAAGGUCCAUACUUUGGUACAUGAUGAAGACAAACCAUUCAAAUGUGAUCAAUGCUCAAAAAUGUUUACUCGAUACAGUACUUUGAAAGAACAUUUACGGUUUCAUACAGGACAAUUCCCUUUCAAGUGUAAUGUUUGUGAGAAAGAAUUCAAUCACCGCUCCCACUACAACAUGCAUUUACGUACCCACACGGGUGAGAAGCCGCACAAGUGUCAUAAAUGCCCGAAAGAAUUUUCAAGGAAAGCUGGAUUGCGCCAACAUCUGCGUGUCCAUGGUAUAGGAGACGCCUCUUUGCAAACUGUUGAAGAUGAUAAUGAUAAUAAUUUUGGUGAACCAAAUUUUGGUGAUACUGGAUUAGUUAAUACACAACAGGUUAUACAGUUAGAUGCUAAUAAUCUACAAUUAUUAAAAACAAUCCAGAACGUGCUUAAACGAAAACACAACGAAUGUGAUGAAGAAGAUAAUAUGGUGGCAAGAAAACGACACAUGACAGAACUGCCAAUUAUUACAAAUAUUACAAGCGGUGAUGCUUCUCACGGGCAGAUUGGUGAUGUGGCAGCUGUUAAUACUUCAGAACUGGAAUCUGUUUUAAACAGCGACAAUCCAGUAAUUCUAACACAGCUAUCAACUGGACAGUUUACUCAACUCCAACAUAAUCAAAUUGUUCAGCCAGACGGUACUACAGUUGUCGCUCUCAACUUAUCCGACUUGCAGAAUAAUGAAGGAGGGCCCAGCUUAAUUCACGUCCACGGAUUAGAUGAACUUCAAAGUUUGGAAGGCCAAUCAUUAAUUGAACAACACGCUCUGUCACAACCAUUACAAUCAAAUACAAUGUCAGCUUUGGAUAAUUUAUCCAUUCUAUGUCAUGAUAAUAAUGUCGGUAUAUCUUCGUUGCAUGAAUUUUGGUGUAAACCAGGCUCGAAUGAUGACGAUAACGAAGGGGAUCAAAGUUAAGGACGAGAACACAACUUUUUAUGUUUCUUUUUGUUGUUUUUUAUAUCUAUCUUUUUUACAGAUUUUAUAAUUUUAUAUAGCUAUCAACAUCGUUAAUUUUUUUGUUUAAAAAGCGCCGGAAAAUUGUAGCGCAACUUCCUUUUCAUUUUAUGAUUUAAGUUCAACAUGUUAUGUUGUUUUGUGCGUUGAAUCCUGAUUCAAAUAUCCAUGACAACGUCAUUCCAUUCGCACUGCAGUUGUUGUAUAGUAGACUAUCGAACAGCGUUGAAUACAUGUUUUUUU